UUCAGGUUGUAUUUCCUAAGAGUCGUGCACAAGCCUGUUUUUUUUUGUGAGGAAAAUUUUAAGAGCUGCUUAUGCUUUCUAAUAGCGUGUAACACUGGACAAUGCACUUGGCUUUAUCUGGGGUUAAUGUUUGGUGAUGAAACGCGACAGAGGAGCCGUGACGGCGCUUUCAGGAAGUGGCCGCACAGAUGGAGCGGCGACAGGUCGGCUGCCGGAUGACACCGUAUCCUCAGAGCGUGUAUAAAAAAAAAUGGAUAAAGCCUGGGAUGUAGGACAGCAGCUUGACGUGGAGUUGUAAACAGCGGGUUUCUCUCUUUGUCUGUCGUGGAGUGUCACCGGUUAAAAUGCCUCUGCUAACCGUCGUGCCUGAGAACUGCAGCCAUGUACUGGCCGAGUUUGACUGCCUUGAUCCUCUUUUGUCUGCUCUCCGCUUAGACUCUGGCAGGCUCAAGUGUACCUGCCUAGCAGUGUCAAGAAAGUGGCUCGCGUUGGGAACGUCAGCAGGGGGGUUGCACCUCAUUCAAAGAGAGGGCUGGAAACAGCGACUCAUCCUAACUCACAAGGAGGGAUCUAUCACUCAGGUGGCAUGCUGCCCUCACGAUGAAGACUUCAUUGCUGUUGCAACAAGUCAGGGCCUGGUGGUGGUGUGGGAGCUGCAGCUGGAGCGGCGGGGCCGUCCAGAGAGAGUCAGCGUGUCGUGGGAGCACAGGGGACAGGCCAUCACCUCUCUCUGCUGGGACAGCAGCACUCUCCGAGUUUUUGUAGGCGACUCAGGAGGGAAGGUGUCCUUUCUGCGUGCAGGAUCCUCCAAGCUGGGCAAGGGGUCAGCGUUUGUCAUUUUCCCCGUUCAGACCAUCACCACUGUGGACUCACGUGUAGUUCAGCUUGGGUACCUAGAUGGCCGCCUGCUGGUGUCCUCUCUGAGCCGGUGCUACCUGUGUGACACGGAGAGGGAAAAGUUCUGGCGUGUUGGAAACAAGGAGCGUGAUGGCGAGUAUGGAGCUUGCUUUUUCCCACAAAGCAGGGGAGCAACAGUGGGUCAGCCCCCUCUGCUGUACUGUGCCCGGCCAGGGUCUCGAAUAUGGGAGGCCACUUUUAAUGGAGAGGUCCUGAGCACCCAUCAGUUCAAACAGCUGCUGGCUUGUCCACCAGUGCCUCUCAUCAGUUACAGAAGUGAGCCACAGUAUAACCCAGCACAGAAGAGCCCCCAGUCAAUCGCUUUCCCAAAACUGCUCUACUUGGGAGAGCAACACUUGCUGACCUGGACAGACUCGGCUAUUUACAUCUUCACACCUCAGAGCGGCCAGGUACUUCUGUGGGCUGAAAUAAAAGAUGUGGUUGACAUUGCAGUCUACCGCAGUGAGCUGUUCUGUCUCCAUGGAAACGGACAUCUGUCCCACCUGUCGCUGCUGUCUGCAGAGCGCUGUGUUGAGCGGCUGCUGCGGAGGGAGUCCUGGCCUCUGGCCGCUACUGUCUGCUGCAUGUUCCAGCACAUGAUCAUCCCCAGCAGGGCCAGGAAAUCAAUUCCGAUUGACCGCCUUGAACACCUGAGAUCCCAGUUCAGUUCCAGCACACACCUGGAGCUAAUUGGCCAGUUGGAGGAAGUAAUCGCUAAGCUAGAACCUUUGGACUCCGCCUCAAGCAGCCGUAGAAGCAGCAUCUCUUCACACGAGAGCUUCAAUGUCCUGGACUGUGGUAUUUAUCGUGUCAUCAGCCGCCGAGGAAGCCAGUCAGAUGAAGACACCAGCUCCCUCAUCAACCAAUCAAUGUCAGAGGAGGAGCGGCUCAAGGAAUUUAGCUUUGGGCAGGAAGAGGAUCAGGUGGACCAUGAUCCGCAGGGCAGUGAGCGUUUGGAGAGUGAGCGAUCUGAGCUCGGCCUGCAGUUCCACCUCCCCCUCUCAUUCCGUCCCAAACCCCCCCGCAUCGCACUGCAGGCUGUCAAAGACAGUGUCUCUAGUUUUGUUAAGAAGACAACAGAGAAGAUUAACACCCUCCAGAUGAAUUCUGACCUCUGGCCGCGGCCUGACCCCAGAGAGGGGGGACAAGUCGAAGUGUCAGCCACCACAGCACCAACGCCAGAGGAAAUGGAAAACGAGCUUUACGUGGAAAUGCUGAACACUGAAACUGACAUGCAGGAACUUCGAUCAGCAACAGAACGAGCUAUCUCCCAGAUACAGGAUCCUUUGGUGCUGUUGGAGCCAGCUUGCCUGAGAGAAACUCUGCUGGAGUGGCUGCCAGUGCUGGAGCGAAUUCUCGGUCCUGAAGAGCUGGGAUCAGCCGACAGGGAUCAUUCGAAUAUGGAUGGGCAAGGAGAGGAGAAGUGGGAGAAGGACAAUGCAAGUGCCUGUUCAGAGCAAUUACAAGAAUCCUCCUGUUUGUCAGAAGAACCGAUGGAAAGUGUCACAGAGGAAAAGACAGAAGAUCUCAGAGAGAAAGACGACCUGAGUGAGAAUCACCUGUUAUGUCAGUCCAGUGAGAAGGUGCCUGUAGUUUCAAAUGGGACUCCUCCACAGCCUCUACGAGUGGUGUCCCCAAGACCUCUACCAUCAGAUCUCCUGGCAGAUCUCACCCAGCUGGCCACAUUAUAUCUGGAGCUGAGCUGCUUUGGAAACCAGGACGAUCAGAGAGGUGAUGGAGCUGUAGGGUGCACAACUUUCCUACGCCAAUACUUCUUCCUGCUGGACCAAGAACGUGUGAGGAGAAUGUGUCUGCUGUGUUACCAGGAGCAGCCUGAGGUGCAGAGCUCCUUCAUCAAGGCCAUGCUAGAUCUCACUCAGUCUAGUAAGGUGGUAGAGGUUAUUCAUAAAGGGGAUUUGCUGAAAUCUCUGCGCAGCCUGAGGGAGCUGCAGCCCUGGAGUGCUCCUCCGCUCCUCGCUCACUUACACAGGCUGUAUGAGAAGCACGGGGAGGUGGCCGUACGCUCAUUCUCCCAGUUCUAUCCCACAAUCCCCCCUGCUGAUGUGAUGGCCAUGGCCCAGCAAAGCCACUUCCUGGCAUACUUGGACAAUCUUGUCCAAUCACGGACUGAGGAGCAAAGGUUGUCAUUUUUGGGGUCCCUUCUUCAACCAGAAUCACUGCGACAGGAUUGGCUGGAGCUGGCACUUACCCAUGAUGCUCCUCAACUUUCAGACACCCGAACGCCGGAUGGAAAGCCCAGGUGGCACUCCCAUCAUUUCAGCUGGGGGUACGGACGCCUCCUGUCUCUCCUGAUUCGUCUCCCUGCUGACCUGACCUCCAAGCAGUGGAUGGCAGAGGCCUGCCGCAGUCAUGGAUAUUGGAGUGGCUACCUCUACCUCUGCUGUGAGCUGCAGCGUCGCUCAGAGGCUUUCUCUACCAUCUGCCAGCUGGACGACAUCAGUCUGCUUGAGGAACCACAUGGUGUUGUGCCCCAGACCCUGGAUGAGUGGAAGCUUUUGAUCCAGCUGUCUCAGCAGUGCAGCGGCAUGGCAGAGCCAGCCGCUGGUUUGAACGGGAGCAGCCUGGCCAAUGGCUCAGCAGACUGCGGCCGACAGAUCAGCCCAGAGAAUCUGACCCUGAGACUGGCUCGGACCGUAGGGCCUGACCGCGCCCUGAUGGUCCUGGAGGAGUGUGGGGUGCAGCUGGUCCUGACGCCUCACUCCACACUGGUCUGCGAGCUGCUGAGAGUCGCUGAGAAGAGGCAGAGGGCGAUCAUCCAGACCAUGCUUGAGCGCUGCGAUCGGUUCCUGUGGUCUCAGCACGCCUAACUCCAACCACAAACCAUCGACCCUGUGUGGAGAUCAGCUUUGCUAAGCCAAACAAGCUAAAUCAGUAAAAACAGUGUUUUCUUUUUACUCACUACUAUCACUGUGAAACUGGACCGCAUGUUCAAGAUUAAUCCAGAUUCAUGUAUACGAUGUCAAUCACCUUGCUGAAUUUUUUUAAUGCUUUUUUGCAUGUACAGUCAAUCAAAUAUCGGAUCCCUUAAUAUAUGCAAAAGGCCAAAAUCAGUGUGCUGUUAUGGCAAAAAAAAAAAAAAGUUAACUGUGAAUACAAUGCACAAAUAAUUAUGUUGAAAUGCUCUAACCUAUUAAUAUUUCUGUGAAUAAAAUAUA